AUGUUUGCGAGCACAGGCGCAUACGAAGUCCAUCUUGACACGCGAGGACUACGACACCCGACCACCAAGGAAAUCAUCCGCAUACCCCUUUCCAAGCCGCAGCUGGCAUACGCACUGGCACUCGAGUGGGACCAGCUGGAGAGCGCACAGCAGGCGACCAAGCAGCACCUGAUCCCGCUGACGAGCCUGGUAUGUCGCGCGAUCGACCUUGCGGCCGACGACGCCGCGGAUGGCUCGAUACGCACCUCGAUCGUCGACACGGUGCUCAGAUACCUCGACACGGACACGCUGCUGUGUUGGGCUCCUGCGGGCGGCGACGAGGCCGCCGACGGGCGCACACUCCGCCAGGCGCAGGAGGACGCGGCCAGACCCAUCAUCGCCCACCUCCAGGCCAAGGUCUGGCCAGGCGUCAAGAUCGAGCCGGCCCUGGACGACGGCGGCCUCCUGCCCAAGCCGCAGGCGCCCGGCGUGCGAGAUGUCAUCCGCGGCUGGCUGCUGGGCCUGAGCAGCUGGGACCUCGCGGGCGUGGAGAGGGCCACGCUGGCGGGCAAGGGCCUCCUUGCGGCCACGCGGUUAGUGUGCGAGUGGAGCCCCGCGCUGCAGGCUGAGGACGGUGCGGCUGCCCCCGCGUUUGGGGUCGAGGAGGCCGCGCAGGCCGUCAGCGUCGAGGUCAACUGGCAGACCAAUGUGUGGGGCGAGGUCGAGGACACACACGAUGUCGAGAAGGAGGACGUGAGGAGGCAGUUUGGCAGCGUGGUGCUGUUGGUCUCUGGUUAG